AUGCGCUCCAACACAAACAGCCUCAGCAACUCGGAUGAGUCCAAGGCUGACCUCGAGAUCCACGAGGCCAUCGCCAACGAUCAGCAUCCUGGUAUGGCUUCCAUGGUCCGUCCCGGCACAAACACCGGUGGCCUCGUCACCUCGGAAGAGUACAUGACCGAGGAUGAGAAGAAGACCAAGGACAUGCAGGACUUUGGUCACUACAAGUUCCAGUGGUCUUCGCUCUGGCGUCCCGCCGUCAUCAACCCCAUGAACGGCAAGUCGCACACUUUCCCGAUCCUCCGUAUCUGGGAUGCCUACUCGAUCGCCUUCUGGCUGGCGACGCUCGGUUUCUUUGUGGCCUUCCUCAGUUGGUUCGCCUUCUCGCCCCUCGUUCCCGAGGCCGUCAAGGUCGACCUCAAACUCUCGUCCGUUCAGGUGACACACUCCAACAUGGCCUCGCUCGGUGGUACUGCCAUCGUGCGUCUCAUCGCCGGUCCCGCUUGCGACCGCUUCGGUCCCCGAAAGGUCAUGGCCACUCUCCUCAUCAUCGGUGCCAUCCCUUCGGGUCUUGCUGCCCUCGUUCACUCCGCCAGCGGUCUCUACGCCGUCCGAUUCUUCAUCAGUAUCCUCGGCGCCACUUUCGUCUGCUGUCAGGCUUGGUGCUCCACCUUCUUCGACAAGUCGGUCGUCGGAACCGCCAACGCCUUCUCCGGUGGUUGGGGUAACAUGGGUGGUGGUGUCACCAUCGCUGCCAUGAUCGGUCUCUUUGAACGCUACCGCGCUGCCGGCUACUCGGCUCACCUUUCUUGGCGUCUAUGCUUCCCCACGCUCCCUGUGCCAUGCCUUCUCUUUGUCGCUGGUAUGAUCCUGCUCCUCGGUAAGGAUCACCCUGCUGGCAAGUGGAGCCAACGUCACCAGUUCAGCGGUACUGCCGUCGCCAUCGCUCAGGGCGAGAAGGUCGAGCUCGACGCUUCGGAGCGGGCAGAGUACGAACGCCGCGCUGCCGACAACGAGAAGGGACCUGCCAAGCUCGCUCACUUCCGCGAACAGGACCCUGCCGACGCUGGCAAGCACGUCGCCACUGUCGACACUGCGCAGGCGGAACCCAUGACCUUUAAGCGCUUGAUGGUCAUCCUCCAGGACCCUCGUGUUUGGAUGUGCUUCAUGUGCUACUUGCUCACCUUCGGUCUCGAGACUGCCAUGGACGCCGCUCUUCCCGGUCUCAUCACCACGCUCUUCCAGUCCCGAACCUUCACCGCCAUCGACGCUGCCUACGCCGCUUCGAUGUACGGCCUGCUCAACUUGUACGCACGUCCUCUCGGCGGUAUCGUCUCGGACGUCCUCUACUCCAGGUACGGUCUUCGCGGCCGUGUCAUCUGGCUGCUCUGCACCGCUUUCUCCCAAGGUAUCGCCAUGAUCGGUCUGGGUUUCUACUGCAACCACAACCCAACCCUCAGCGGCGUUUUGGCUUUCAUCUUCUUCAUCGGUACCACUGGUUUCCUCGCCAACGGUGCUAACUACGGUAUCCCCGCCAUCAUCUGCCCCUCGGCUAUCGGCACUGUCUCUGGUCUCGUCGGUGCUGCAGGUAACAUCGGCGGUCUGCUCUACCUCGGUAUCUUCCUCGCUGUCCCUGGUGCAAGGCCCAGGAGGACCCUCGGCACCAAGUUCUGGAUCGCGGGCGUCGUCAACGCAGGUGCUGUCCUGCCCUUCUUUGCCGUCUUGCUCCCCGGCAAGUACGGUGUCUAA